GGCUCAUUGUCAUUGGUGUUGUUUUGUUUUUAUUUACUUUAGAUUUAGAGAGUAAAGUAAUUUAAAUAAGUUUACUUUCGAACAUGUUGUAAACAGAAGUAAAAUACUAAAAAUGUCGAAAGCAAUGCGUAAAAUUUUCGAUAAAGGAUACUCACAUGAUGAACCAGAUCGAAUACCGAAGAAUAUAACCAUUAGCAACUUGGAUAUUAUUAUGUACGUUGUUGCGAUUGUAGGGCAUUUAGUGGAUUUAGGUUUGGAUAUAAAUGUGGCUGUAAGAUAUUCUUUGGCUCAAAAGAUGAUGGAAUUUGGUUGGACACUGACAUUCAUACUGUUACCAGCUUUUGUUAACACUGCGGUUUCUAUAAGAAUGUAUUCGCAAGAUAAACAACAAGACUCUGUAACCAAUGAGUUUACUAAACGCCAUUGGUUGAGGAUCUUCAUUCUAGUACUGCAAUUGGCGCCUAUACUUCGAUUUACUGAUGCUCUCAUUUACGCCAUCAAGUCACGCAAAGCAGAGCGCAAACGUGAUCCAUCAUCCCAGAGGAUGUAUUAUGGGCUAAUGUUGAAGGAAGACUCAGAUGCUGCCCUUCUGAGAGUGUUUGAAUGCUUUCUAGAAGCUGCACCUCAGCAAGUCCUUCAAACUAGUCUUCUCUUCAGGUCUUAUGAUCAACUGGCAGUGCAUCAGAUACUGUCGAUCUGUUCGUCAGUGGUGGGGAUGGGGUGGUGCCUUGCUGCAUACCAGCGUGCCGUACGCUUCGCUCAGCAAGACAAGGCCAACAUGAGGUGGUCUGGUACCAUAUUGCAGACCCUGUGGCAUUUCUUAGUUACAUUAAGCAGAGUGAUAUCUCUGUCAAUAAUUGCCUACCUGUAUCCAUACUGUACAGUGCUGGCUUGCGCGAUCCACGUCAUGAUUAUGGCAAUAUGGCUGCAGCUGUUCGACCGGUCGCCAUUUUGUGCGCACAACAAAAUGGCCGAGAUCGCGUUCUCCUUCGCCCUCGGUGGGGUUUACCUAUUCACUUAUAUCCUGCCGAUUGAGGGUAGGACGAGAUAUCGGUAUACCGUGUACUAUACGAUAUGUUUCGUUCAGAAUAUAUGUUGCACUUUCAUUUGGUAUUAUUUUGUGGACGACCCCAUGAGGGGUUCAAUAUAUUUCUAUCCAGUUUUAGUGUUAAGUGUGGUGCCAUAUGUGAUUGGAGUUUCGUUUAUGGUAAUUUAUUAUCUGUUUUUCCACCCCAGAGUGAGUGUGAAGGGCGAUGAUGUAACUGUAUCAUUCAAAAGUAGUGAACCCGAGAUUGGAUCAUAGCAUUUCAGUUUUAAUCUAUUAGAAAAUAGGUGUUUAAGAAGAUAAUCGGGCGGAGCUUAGUCCAUACAAACGUAUUCCUCACUAGGGUAAAUAUUUAAUAUUUUCUUUACUAUACCAUCUAUAUUUUUAUUUAAGUUUAUCUUAAGAAACCUCCACUAGGAUUUUUUCCUGUAUCGUGGACGCAGUUUACAUACAUAUGUUUACGUAACAACCAACAUACAAAGCUAACAACGAAGAACAUAACAAGCUAUUUCUAAUUUGUUUUGUGUGGUUAAUUGUGUAACAUACAUGAUUGUAAGCUGUUAUUUAAAAAAAAGUCCCGCUGGGUUUCUUGCUGGUUCUUCCCAGGACAUAGGUUUUUUUUCGAACCAGUGGUAAUUAAACAAAAGAGUGACUUUCAAUAAGUAUUAUUUAUUAUCUAUAUUGAAUAAAAAAGUUUGUUUCUGCUUCCAUUAGUAGGCUAUACAAAUACUUGUUUCGUGCGCAAGUCGAACCCGCGGCCUGCAGCGCCGCAACUCAUUGCUAAGACGCUGCCUGCCACAGAACCGUCCACUCCUAUCUAACGCAUCCUUGUGUCUUAGUUUUUCCAUAAAUUAAUCAUUAUUUUUAAAUCUUUCUAUGCUUCAAAAAAAAAGGAAACCGUACAGACAGUUACAAUUCUUUUUAUUUUUUUCUCGAAAAAAAAAAGUUAUUGGUCCAAAAUUGGAGAAAGAAACAGGGCAAUAUGAGAUAAUGGUCCGCUGACAGACAGACGGACGGACGGACGGACGGACAGCGGAAGCUUAGUAAUAGGGCCCAUUUGUACGGAACCUUAAAACCUAUUGUCAGUUUCUUGCAGCCCGCAUAUCCUCUUAAUGUACUGAAGUACUUAAGUGUACUUAAUAAUAUUAUAAUGAAAUUAAGCUUUUGAAUCUCAAGCAUUCCCAUUUUAUUUAGCAUAUAAUUACACUUUAUUCUGUAUUAUUAUGUUGUAAUUUAUUAUUUAAAAACUGUUAGGUUUUAAAAGUACGAGUACAUAAGUCCAGGUGUCAUCAUUAAAUACUAAGCUAAAACUUUUUAUUUAAUUGACAUGUCUAAGAGUUUCAAGCAUCUACACCGGUUCAAAAAACAACUUCUCUGGGAAGAACUGGUAAGAAUCUUUGAGGUCCUAGAUUUUCUAAUGUGAUGUUAAGAUUUCAUUUACAUAUGUCACAUGUACGUUAUAUAGUAUACAGUGGUGGAUAAAAUUAACUAUCCCGGCCUGGAGGAGGCGAGACCAAAUUUAUUAUAAUGCGGUAAUGAUGUUAAAAAUGGUUUGUUGGUUUAUAUGAUCAACUGCUAGUUCAGAGUUAUUAAAGGGAUGAUUUUACGUAGAUUAUGGACUGUGUGGUGGUGAGAAUACACUAUUUCUAUAUUAUAUAUUAUAAUAUAUACAUAAAUACAAAAUUAAUACAUUUGGUAUAAAUAAGACUAUUUAACAAUAUUGUAAUUCUAAUGAUUCCUCAGUAAAUACUCGCGAACCAACUUUUUUUUUCGUUAUUGUAGAUUUUGAAUCAAUAUUAAGUCUCUACUAAGGAACCUUUGAUGUUGUAGCCGGUGGAAGGAAAAGCUUCUUCUGCCCGGGGAGCGGCCAACGCUCUAAGUGGUAGUUUGGAGCUAUUCUAUAUAUACUGCUUUAACUUCGGAACUUUGUUAGUGCGAUUUAGGCUUCGAUAUGUUUCGCUUGUGGCGCGACGACAGCGCUGCCACAAUGUAAUGAAUUGUAUUUAAAACAUGCAUUUAUUAACAUCAUUACUUAAUAUUUUACAUUAUUGAAUAAAAUUAAUUUAUCGUGUUUAAUUUGACCUACGUUUGUAGUUUUAGUGGUUGGCAACGUCCAAGUAGCCACAGGUAGACUGAGGUGUUAACUUCACAACAAGUUCUUAGUUGUUCUAGCCUGUCUCGAUUUUAAUUUUUAAAUACAUAAUUGGAUUAUGUUUUCUCGAGAGCAAAAAUAACACAAAGUUACCCCCUGCGGCGACGAGGUUCGCCACCCGUCACGUUCUGUCCCCCGGAGGGGCGAAAAGUGGAUUGCGGAAGCCCGUCUGGCUACAUUGAACGUAUGUGGAGGAAUGAAUGAUAAGAUGGAUGAAGUAUGCGAUAUGAUGUAUGAUAGAGGAAUAGACGUGUUAUGUGUGAAUGAGACGAAACGGAAGGGAAAGGAUGCCACUACACAUGGCAUGUAUACCGCGUACUGGUCUGGUGUAGACGAGACCGAGCGGGCAUGCCAGGGAGUCGGUAUCAUCCUUUCAGAAAGAAUGGGUCAGUGUGUAAAAGAGUAUGAAUGUGUAAGCCCGAGACUGCUAUGGAUACGAAUGAAAGUGGGCUUAAAGAAGUUGUUUGUUUUAGGGGUCUACGCCCCAGACAUGUCUAAGCCCACUUAUAUCCGAGAGCAGUUUUGGGAGUUGGUAAGGAUGGUGCUAAUGAAAUGCAAGGUUAAUGAAAAUAUUGUGAUAUUAGGCGAUUUUAAUGGAAGGGUUGGGGUGAGGAGGCUUGGUUAUGAAAGGAUAUUGGGAACGUUUGGUGAUGAAAGUAUAAAUGAGAAUGGUGAAAGCCUUCUCGCCGUAUGCGUGGAAAAGAAUCUUGUUGUGACGAACACUUUGUUUCGUCAUAGGAAGAUUCACACGUAUACAUGGGAAAGAGGUGAUGAUAGAAGUAUGAUAGAUUUCAUAAUUGUUGAUGAAAGAAUGAGGAGCGCGGUGGUAGAUACAAGGGUUUACCGGGGCUCUAACGUAGGGACGGAUCAUUACUUGGUCUUAUGCCGAAUUAAUGGUCUUUUCAGACGUUGGAGGCAUCGGACAUCUGUGUCUACCACAGCGUUACAGCGUAUAAAAACAGAGAGGCUACAAGAUGAAGGUGUGAAAGAGAAGUUCAAAUGUAGAUUGAGAGAAAAUAUAAGUGGUAUGGCUGAAUUGUGUAUGAAUGAUUUAGACUUGGAGACUGUGUGGUAUAAUGUCAAGAAAGGUUUAGUGGAUGCAGCUACCGAAGUAUGUGGUGUAAGCAAGAGAACAAAUGAAAGGAAAAAUAACACGUUAUGGUGGGAUGAUGAGGUACGGAUGGAAGUUGAAGCAAAGAAGAAAGCAUGGCUAGAUUUACUAGCAACCAAGGCUAGUAAUUCUAGCAGUAUGAAUGAUGAUAUUGAAAGGAAAAAGGCGGUUUUUAGACACCUAAAUAAGAGAGU